AUGGAGACUUCACCAGUCGACACGGAUCAAUCCCGGGUCCCUUCGAUCCUAAUUUGCAAUAUACUACUCAUUAUCGCUUCCACGGUUGCUGUAUGUGUUCGUCUCUAUGUACGAAUACGAUACGUGAGCAUUGGAUGGGAUGACUACUUUUGCGUGGUCGGAUGGGUAGGAAGUCCUCCCUUUUCUAUGUGCAAUAUUUGGGUGAUUGCUCCCCAUGGUAUUGACAAGGGUCUCUUGAUUUUAGGGGCCCGUGUGUUGUUUUUACUUAUGCUCGACCUCCUAGUGACUCGAUACGGGUACGGGCAUCACAUCGACACAAUCCAUGAUGAGCGCAAUAUAGAAAUGUUUCUCAAACUGGACUUCGUCUCAGAACUGGCAUAUGUCGUUGCCAUUUGUGCGAUCAAGGCUUCCUUUUGCCUUUUCUACCUCAAGAUCUUCCCUGGCAAAUUCUUUAGGAUACUUUGUUGCUGUGUUUUAGCAAUUAUUGUGGGCGAGUCCAUUGCUGGAUUUUUCAUUGUUAUUUUCCAAUGUUCGCCGGUUGCGAAAGCCUGGGAUGCUUCUGGUGACUUAGAAGGCCAUUGCCUAGAGUUAUUGACAUUUUAUUAUGUCUCAUUUGCAGUCCGGCUGGUGACAGAUGUUGCUCUCCUCACGCUUCCCGUUCCCAAACUCUUACGACUCAAGACUUCGAUUGGGAAAAAAGCAGGACUGAUGGUGAUGUUUGGACUUGGUGGCUUGGUGACGGUGGCCAGUAUCAUUCGAGGGACAUAUUUGAGCAACUUUUCCACGGAUCAUACUUGGUCACUCGUCCAGACCCUCAAUUGGUCAUCUGCAGAGCUGGGAGUGGGCGUUUUCAUUUCCUGCGUGCCUUCUUUUAAAGCGCUGGUAACCUUUCAAUUCCCCAAUAUCCGAUCAUUACUAGGUCUUUCUAGUAGCCAGAGCUAUCCUGGGAACCGUGAAAAUUAUAAUUUAUCUGACCGACGGGGGACUCCACGAGAGGCCUCUCGAUCCUGGAGACGAUCACACGGGGAGAUAGCACUGGGCAAGCUUGUUCCCACCAAGCGGACGAAAUCUGAGGUUGGGACUACGCAGAAUGCCUCGAAAGAAGACAUCAGCUCGCAACCAUCGGACGAGAUUCGGGUGACGACAAAU